CUAUCACGUACCUGGUGAUGGAGGCCAAUGGAGAGAGGGCUUCCCUUGCGGCUAAGUUCCAGACUCCCCUGAGAGUGGGACAGCGGGAAUCAUGUUCAAUUCAGGUCGCCUGUAGGAGUGCUGGUUGGUGGUCCACUCAGAAGCAUAGCUGGUGCACGGAGAUAGGUCUGCAGAGAAGAGGCGACUCUGUGUGGUAUGCAAGCCCUUCCGGGAUCUUUACUGGGUAGUCGGUUCAAGCCAAGGUCAGGUACCAGGUGGGAAUCAGAGCAGAUGUAGUAAGAUGGGAUAGCCGAGGUCAU